AUGAUUGCAAGGUGUCUCCUGGGGGAAGGGACAUCUGGUUGGAGUACGAGUGAAAUGUGGUAUAAAAGGCACCAGUUGCCAACAGAAAACACACUCCUCACAAUGGAGCUUCUGGUUUUCAUCUUUACUCUAGUAGUCGGUGCGUCUGCCAGGCCCCAGGGCUAUGAUUUGACCCCGCCUUCCGGUCCAUCUCUGCUCCCACGAAGAUGCAGUGCCGGACAGGUUUUGCAUGUGGACGGUAGCUGCGUAAUUCCACGAGAAAACCGUCGUGUCUUCUUGUAUGAUGUACCAAAAACUCCAACUCCCUCAGGUCCUCCACCUUUUAUUCCUGCACCAACUGUAGAGAAAAACCUUUUGUUCAUCCGAACUCCCGAAGGAGGACUAGGACCAGAUCCCAUCAUUGUACCUCCACCAAGGCAAGAACAUGUCGUGUACAUCCUCAAUAAACAGUCUGAAGAGGGCCAAAAGGUGAUUCAGGUUCCAGCACCACCACCAUCUGAUCCUGAAGUUUACUUCGUCAAUUACGCAGAAGGAGAGAACCCAACCCUUCCCAGCGGAGUGGAUCUGCAGACUGCUUUGAAUGCUGCUUCUGAGGCUGAUGGCCAACAGAUUGGAGGUGUUGGUAGCUUCGGAAGCAGUAAUGGUUUUGGCUCUAGCAACGGUUUUGGAAGUGCCAAUGGUUUUGGAAGUGCUAGUGGCUUUGCCAGAAGCAGUGGUUUAGAAAGUGGCAAUGAUGGUGGAAGUGCUAAUGGUUUUGAUAGCAGCAGUGGCUUUGGAAGCGCUAAUGGUUUUGGCAGCAGCAGUGGUUUUGGAAGUGCUAAUGGUUUUGGCAGCAGCAGCGUUUCUGGAAGUGCUAAUGGUAUUGGCAGCAGCAGUGGUUUUGGAAAUGCUAAUGGUAUUGGCAGCAGCAGUGGUUUUGGAAGUGCUAAUGGUUUUGGCAGCAGCAGCGUUUCUGGAAGUGCUAAUGGUUUUGCCGGCAGCAGCAGUUUUAGAACUGCUAAUGGUUUGGGCAGCAGCAAUGGUUUUGGAAGUGCUAAUGGUUUUGGCAGCAGCAGCGGUUUUGGAAGUGCUAAUGGUUUUGGCAGCAGCAAUGGUUUUGGAAGUGCUAAUGGUUUUGGCAGCAGCAGCGGUUUUGGAAGUGCUAAUGGUUUUGGCAGCAGCAAUGGUUUUGGAAGUGCUAAUGGUUUUGGCAGCAGCAGCGGUUUUGGAAGUGCUAAUGGUUUUAGCAGCAGCAAUGGUUUUGGAAGUGCUAAUGGUUUUGGCAGCAGCAGCGGUUUUGGCAGUGUCAGUGGAUUGGCAAGUGGCAACGGGUUUGGAAGUAUCAUCAGGACAGGAAUUAGUAAUGGUUUCGGAAGCAUUAAUGGAUUCCCAGGUACCAAUGGUGAACGCAGCAACGGUUUUGGUAGAACCAACGGCUUUGGAAGUACUAAUGGAUUUUCCAGUAUCAGUGCUCUGACAAGUAGCAGUGGGUUUGCAGGCAAUAAUGGUUUGAGCAGUAAGGGCUUCGGGAGUAACAUUGGUUUCGGAGGUAGCAAUGGUUCGGGAAGUACCAAUGGUUUGGGAAGUAGUAAUGGUUUGGGCAGUAGCAAUGGUUUUGACAGUACCAAUGGUCUUGGCGUCGUCGGUUUGGGUGGCAGCAGCGUCAGCAAACUUUCAGCCAAUGGACAGGUUUCCUCACCAUCACGUCUGUACAGAACCCCCUAAGAUGUUUCACUAUUCUCAUUUUCAUUGUAACUGUACACAGAAAAAAAUCAUCAAUUCGGAUGUAAUUUUGUGAAUAGGCGUAGUACUCGAUUUGCAAAUUUGUAUAUUUUACGUCUGUAAUAAAAUCCUGGGUACAGUA